AUGACUGCACUCGCUGCAGAACUCAUCGAGGGGACGUCUAGAACCCUGGCAGAGACGAAUUCCCACCCAGGUGCUGGCGCUGCUGACAUCGCCAGCAGCCCUUUGGCCUUUCCUAAGCAGGAGCACGAUCCCGCCUCUCUUGCUGCCGGUGCGGAAACAGCUGCUGCGAGCAGAAAAACUGAGGAGGCUUCGCAAGGGACAGCCAAGGAAGCGAUUUCCUCCUCAGCAACAGCAGGAACAAACGCAGCAGCAGGGGGAGCAGCCGCAAGGGCUGGCAGCAACAGCCCACCCGAAGGCAUGCAGUGGAAUAGUCUCCUCUGCAAACACUUUCUCUUCGGACGCUGCGCGCGCAAGCGCUGUCGAUUCUUGCAUGCUGAAGGCGCUGGAAUCGAAGCAGCACCCGUGGCAGCACUCGCUGCUGCUGCCACGGGUGCUGCUGCUGCUGCUGCAGCACAACCCAUCAACACGCCUCCACAGCACCCAUUUGGUGCGUCGCUGCAAAGACAGCAGCACCAGCAGACUAGGGAACGCAGCAAUGGGACCUCGAUGCAAGCCAAUGCAGGUGCCACCCCCUCUCUGAAGGCGUGUUUUUAUGUGUACCCAGGCUCAAACAGCGCUAUUAGAAGCUCUGAGGAGAUGAGUUCUGGUGGUAACUGCAGCACGAAGCAGCAGCAGCAGCGUCAGCACCGACAACAACAGCACAGACAGCAGCGGCAGACGCAGCACCAGCGGCAGACGCAGCAGCUGCCACAGCAGAGUUCGUUUUACAAAGGGAGGGGAGCUAUGUUACUUCCAGCCUAUAAUGGAAAGGGUUCCUUGCACUGUACAUCGGUUCUUGGCUCUUCUGGCAAUAGGAGUUCGCAUGCGGGUACUCUUUGCGGAUUUUCUGAAGGGUCAGCAGCACCAGCAACAGGAGCAGCACAGGCAGCAACAACAACAGGAGCAGCAGCAGCAGCAGCAGCAAACACAGGUCGUGCUGCAGUGGGAAGCUCCAAUCCAGAGGUCUCCCCUGGAGGCAGCGGUAGCUGCAACGCAGCAGCAGCGGUUGCGCUGCGUUCUCAGCGCGUCUCCCCCGAGGAGCGAGGGAGCACAGGUGUUGGUCUUAAGACGCCUGCUCAGUCAGCAGCAGCAGCUGCAGCGGCAGUUGCUGCAGCAGCUGCUGCAGUGGGCUUCCGAGCAGAAGGAGGCAUGGGUGCCUCCUCCCAGGGAGCGCUCAGGGAUUUACGGGGGGUUCAAGCAGCCGAGAGUUUGGCAGACAAAUACCACACCCCUUUUGUCUGUGUCUAUUUCCCUUCUAGUGGCUACCUCAUACACUUUACGGGCGCAAGGGAGUCGGCGGCUGCUGCUGCUGCAGCUGCAGCUGCAGCGGGGGUCGUUUCGCCUCGGCACCACCAAGUCAUCCACCCGAAGGGGAAGAGGGGCCCUCUAGACUUCUGCAGCGGCUCGCGAAUGCAGGAAGCAGGUGCGGGAGCCGCAGCCUUCUCCCCGUAUGACAACGGCAACACUCCGGAGUAUCAGCAGACGCAGCAGCAGCACGCGUCUAGCCGCUUGCUCGAUCAGCAGCAGCUUAACCAAAGGUCUUGUGGAACGAGGCUUCCCCCUCCCCCUACGCCUGGACACCUCUACGCCACUCACCAUCAAUUAGUUGCCCAGAGGAGAAACUCGGAUUUUCCCCUACACCUUCAGCAGCAGUCGCAGCCGCUGCUUCUGCUGCAGGAGCAGCUGCAUGGGCUGUGCAUGCCUUCCUCGAAAGGGAGGGGUCUGCCGAUGCCUGCGCCUCCCCUCUUUGGGGGUCCUUGCUGUGGCGAGGAGCUGCACCCUAAUGCCGAGCCGACGACUGCAACUGCGGAGGAAGACGAGGAAAUCAGUGCUUCCAUGAUGACGCUGGAGCGCAGCAGCAGCAGCAACAGCGGUGCAGCCUCGAGCGAGAUUCAGCUAGACCAGGAUCAGCUUGUUUCCCUCGAAAGCGCUGGGAGCCAAGGCGCUGCUGCAGCCGCGAGAAAGCGAGAGCAGCAGCAACAACACAAGGCAUUGUGGGGAAGCCCCGUGCUGGGUGUACAGACAGCUGCAGCGCAUCAGCGCAGUUGUUGGUCGCAGGUCACUCAAGAUACCCUGCAACAGCAGCAGCAGCAACAGCCCUUUUGGCUGCCGUCUUUGGAAGCCAUAGACGGAGAAGCGGCAACGUGGCAAGCAGGAGACUGCACCGGAGACGUUGUCGGUACUGGUGCGGCUGCUGUUGCUGAAGCAGCCAGUGUUGCUGCUAGCAGCGGCAGCAACAACAGCAGCAGUACUGCUGCAAGCGCGGAAAAGCGAAAGGGAAAGCAGAAUUUAUUUGCUGCCUUCCAAGAUGAGAGGCAUCAUGCUGCAGCGACAGCAGCAGCAGUGAGCCCGAGAGAUAUGGGGGAGCUAGCGCAGCUCUCUCCCACUGCAGCACUAAUUGCUGCGAUUUGGGGGGCAGAAGAGCCAGCGCGUCAUGCUGUUGCUGUGUCGAAGUAG